CGAAACACACCCAUUGAUGGAUUUGCUUUCAGUUCUAGUUCUGUUCUUCCUUUCUCUCCUAUCUCUUCUGCUUCUCAAAGGAAAGAAGAAAAAUGGGAAGGGAUUCAAGCUUCCACCUUCCCCACCUGGCCUUCCUAUCAUAGGCAACUUGCACCAAAUUGGUUCACUUCCUCACCAUACUGUAGCUCAGUUCUCCAAGAAAUAUGGUCAAGUCAUGCUGUUCUACUUUGGUAGGACUCCUGUGGUGUUUGUCUCAACCCCUGAAAUGGCAAAAGAAGUCUUAAAGAACCAAGAUUCCAAUAUGUGUAGUAGACCUCCCCUUCCAGGCCCAAGAAAGAUUUCCUACAAUUUCAAAGAUAUUUCUUUCACACCCUAUGGAGAGUGGUGGAGAGAGAUUCGCAAGAUUUGUGCUCUUGAGCUUUUUUGUCCAAAGGCUGUUCAGUCUUAUCUGUUCGUGAGGGAAGAAGAGAUUGCUUGUAUGGUUGAUUCUAUUGCCAAGGCUUCUCCAGCUCCUGUUGAUCUCUCUGAGAAGAUAGCCUCUGUCAUAGAUAAAGUGAUAUGCAGGACUGCUUUUGGAAAGAUUUAUAAUGGAAGAGACUUCGAUGAUGGUAAACUCACUGAAGCAGUUCGUGAUGUCUUGGUCUGCUUGAACAAUUUUUCUGGAGAUGAUAUCUUUCCCUCUUUUGGGUGGAUCAUUAAUAUGCUCACUGGACAUACUGCAAGGGUUGAUAGGGCACUCCAUAAUUUGGAUAAAUUCUUUGAGAAAGCUAUUGAAGAUCACCUUGAUUCUAAUAGGCCGAAGCCUGAACGCGAAGACAUCAUCGAUGUCUUGCUCCGACUACAAAGAGAUCAGUCCAGUAGAAUUCCCAUCACCAAAGACCAUAUCAAGGGAGUACUCAAGGAUGUAUUCCUUGGUUCAGUGGACUCAGGUGCUCUUAGCAUGGUGUGGGCAAUGACAGAACUUACAAGGCACCCAAGAGUGAUGAAGAAGGUGCAGGCUGAAAUCAGAAGCCAUGUUGGAAGUAAAGGAAAAGUCGAUGAAAGUGAUAUCCAGAGCCUUCAUUUCUUUAAAGCAGCAUUGAAGGAGAGCUGGAGGCUGCACCCACCUUCUCCUCUAUUGUUUGCUCGAGAAACCAUGUGUGAUUGUAAGUUAGAUGGUUAUGACAUACCCAACAAAACAAGAAUCCAUGUCGAUGUUUUUGCAGUCCAGAGAGAUCCAAGAUAUUGGAAGAACCCAGAUGAGUACAUCCCUGAGAGAUUCAUAGACAAUCCCAUUGAUGUGAAUGGGCAAAGUUAUGAGUAUUUGCCAUUUUCAUCUGGUCGAAGGAUCUGUCCUGGAAUUACUAUGGGACUUGCAAUUGUUGAACCCAUAGUUGCAAAUCUUUUGUAUGGCUUUGAUUGGAAACUGCCUAGUGGGAUGACAGUUGAAGACAUCAAUAUGGAGGAGUCGUUUAAUCUUUCCAGCAACAAGAAAACGCCUCUCAUUUUAGUGCCCAUUCCCUGGAAUGCCAAACUGGUUGAGUAGUGCCUACCAGAGCUUCAAACAUAAAUAAUAA